AUGUCCAAGUCACGUCUGCCGAUGUAUCUAGGUCUCGCCGCCGCUGCUGCGGGAGGAUACUAUCUAUACUCCGCAGGAGGCGAUCCUAAGAGAGCCACUCGGAAAUUCGAAGUGGAAGAAAAUGGGAUCGAGAAUGGGCGAACUGACCGUGGUGGCGUGGGCUCAUUUUCACGGUUUGUAGAUGAUGCUUCACGCGCAGGAUCGAAGAUUCGAAGCGAGAGCAACAAGGCGCUGGGCGCUGAGCAACUCGGGAAGGAUAUAGAUGAGGCGGCCAAGAAAGCACAACGAGCGGAUGAAAGAGCCGCUCUUCUUGCCAAGGAAGGUGUCGAUAAGUUUGAAAAGGCCCGUCACGAUGCUGCCAGAGAUGUAAAUGCGAAGAUUGACGCGUUCGACAAGACUGUUGAGCAGAAGGCGGCUGAGGCUAAGAGCGGAGUGUCUUCGUGGUUUGGGAAGAAAUGA